AUGCCUCCUACCGAGCAUCAUUGUUGCAAGCCUGCUCCUCCCUCCUCUCUGCCUUCCAUGUACCACUCUCAGACGCUUUCUGCUCCUUCUAAUCGCCCUCCUUCCCAACAGCCCUGCUCUUCCCCCACCCCCGAGUCCUCCUUCUUCCAGUACUUUGGCUCUCCUUCCCUCACCGCUUGCCCGGUGUCUGACCGCCGCAGCAUCUUCCUCGACUUCUCCCUCGGCUACGACGAGGCCAGUCACAGCAGGUGGAUAGACGCUUACGAGGGCCUGGGCUUCAUGCGGGCGCUCUCGUCGUCGGCCUCACAGUACGUCGAGUACAUCGGAGCGAGUACAACUCAAGGCGAGGAGGAAAAGGAGGAGGAGGCAGGGACGGGAUGUGGGCAAGGGGCGGCGAGACAGGAAGAGACGAAAGGAAGUGACGGAUGGGAGGUGCAAGAGGAUCAGCAUCCCUGCUCUGUCAAUUUGCGUGUGGGGGAUCAAGAGGCGUGUGCAUUUGAAGUGCAAUGA